UUUAUUUUUAUAACACGCAAAUAAUCAAUAAAAAUUAUUUAAAUUCAUUACUAAUUUGAUAGUAUAAAGAACAAACUAAACUCGAUUCGAUAGCUCCAAGUGAAUUGUAAGUCGAACGCAGCUGUCAUUGUCAUAUGAUAAACGUCAAAAUCAUAUCAUCAAAAAUCAAAACAUUUUGCAGUUAUAUCUAAGAAUUUUUAUUAAUUUUUCUAUAAAAUGAGUGAACCACAAGAAAACAUUAAAAAAGUGAGUGAAGCACAAGAUGACUUGGAUAAAGUGACUGAACCGCAAGAGGACUUGGACAAAGUGAGUGAAUCAGAAGAUGACUUGGAAAAAGUGAGUGACCCAGACGAUGACUUGGACGAAGUAAAUGAACCACAAGAUUGGGACAAAGUGUGCCAGACUUUAGAUAAACUCACUUUGGACUCCCUGCUUUUAGUUCAAGAACAAAUUGAGCUGAAACUGAACAUAGAAAACGCCAUGUCUGGGGGCGAGUCACAUUUAGCAAAAUCCAGGUAUAUUUUAGGCCACAACAAUGUUUCAGCUUUACAAUUACCCACAGAAAACAGUCCAGAGUUUUCUUCGUGUCUAAAAGUAGAAGGAAGUGACACAACAUUGGGCAGAAAGAGCUAUGAAUUGAGAGAGAUUAAAAAGACGGAAGAUGAGACAGUUCAAGAACCUCUGAGGUGGUUUGGUGUGUUAGUUCCCCAAAACCUUACCUUUGCACAGAAGAUGUUCAGACAGGCUUUACAAUGGAGUAUUAAAUCGGUAAACAUUCAGAACCAGUUGUUGGAUACUAUGCAGAGUAUUAGUGACCUGAAGGAGCUUAAAAAUAACCUUACUAGAGCAACGUAGGCAGGAUACAUUUGUUAGAUAGUAUUAAUAUUUGUUAUGAAUGAGUAUGAAAGUUUAAAAUAAAUAAAUUUACUAGGUAUAACGCUAUUAAUUCAAGAACCAGUUAUGUUUGAUAGCUUUUAACUUAAAUUUACUAGAUUUAUUCUUGUUAGAAGAUCCUCUGAAAUUAUUAGUUAAAGGUGUCAAAUAAAUUAGAAGGUAACCCAAGAAUCAGUGGGUGAAAGAUUUUGAAGAUUUUUUAUGUACCAAGAACCAAAACGGAUAUUCAGAGUGAACAUAAAUGCAGAAAAAAUUAAUAUCAAAAUUUUUUGUUACCAAAAGAAGUGUACUGGAAAUGUAUGUAUAAUAAUAAUCCAAAAAAGUUUUAUAUAAUAAAAAUAUCUCAAUUGUU